UCUCAGCACUCUUUCUUCAUUCUCAAAAAAUGACACGCUUUUUUUAAUUUUAAUUUCUUCAUUUCUCUCUUUCUUUACUAGGGUUUGGAUGUGUGUUUCAUUUGCCAAAAUAGUGACCAUACCUCAUUAUCUCUCUUUCUCUGCUUCUCUUCUCCGCCAUUUGCAGGGGCACCACCAUGGACGAAGCCGUGACAGCAGGAAGGGCGGCGUUGCUAUCAUCACCGACGAGCUCGAGGUCAGUGACGCAGACGGUGAACGAAUCACACAGACUAUUGAUAGGCCUUGAUGAUGAUGACGAUGAUGAUGGCGUUGCUGAGGUUGAUGUCAGACCGACACGUCCCACCCGCAGUCGGCGACCACCAGCUCCUCCUGAGGGUGGAUGGACACUUGAUCAUGUCAUGGCAUCCUUAUAUGAUCUGACUACUGACUUUAGAGGAUAUAGACAGAGCACGAGCAAGUGGCGAAACCAGAUGGACACAAGGGUUGCACGGUUGGACACAAGGGUUUCACGCUUGGAGGGUUUAAUUGGCGAGGGUGCCCAUACUCAGGAGGAGGAGGAGGAGGAUGAUGACAAUGGGGAUGACACACAAUCGGAUGAAGAGAAUGGGGAGGACACGGCAUCAGAUUAGUGUGUCCAUAGGGUUUCAUAUCAUUGAUUUAGUUUGAUGUAAUGUAGUCAUUUUGGUACAUUUAGGAACUUUACCUA